CCGAGCCAUGGAGGGCGACGUGCGUGUUCGUGCAGUGGUGAUGACACGUGAUGACUCCAGUGGCGGUUGGGUGCCCCUUGGAGGUGGCGGCCUCAGUCAUGUGGUCAUAUGUAAGGGGCGGACUCAUGACGGCAGGGGGCGGAGAGAAUACAUCAUACGUGGAGAACGGCUGCGAGAUCGAGCACCUGUGUUGGAGUGUGCAGUGCAGAGGGGGUUAGUGUACAACAAGGUGAACCCCAUCUUCCAUCACUGGCGGGUAGAAGAUCGAAAGUUUGGCCUUACGUUCCAGAGUCCUGCCGAUGCCAUCUCCUUUGAGAAAGGGCUGCAGACUGUCAUAGACAAGCUCGACAGAGGCUCUGACUCGCCCUCAUCCUCCACACCAGAAGAGGCAGACACCGAGGAUGAUGGACAAGCUUCCCAUACAGGAAGUGAGUCGUCAUCCAACAGCAGAAAGGAGAUGCUUCCCAAACCCAUCACCAUAGUGACGAGCGAGUCGUCGUCUACCUGCUUCGUGCGGUCAGAUGAAUUUAGUUUUGGAUCCAGCCAUGCUGUCACCACUCAGACACCUGCUCAGAUCCACACCAGGCCGGGACAGCACCAGCUCUCACAAAUGACGGCUGUGUUGAAUCCCCCAGCACCCCCGCCCCCACCUCCUGCUCCACCUACUCCUCCUGUGGGUCCCCCAGCCUCAUCUCCUCUGUCGCCCCUCUCACCUACCAUUUCUCUGCUGGAAGAGGGAGACCUUCGCAGUGUGGACCCUUGUAAAGACCUGUGGGGUUCUAGAGGUUAUGAGGACUACCGAAGGGCCGGGGCCACCAGGACUAUGGUCGGGGGGCUGACUGGGGGUGUGGUCGUUGGUGGCGGAGGGAGUCUGCAGGACAAGUCAGAGCUGUGCGUGGUUCGCUUUGAGAAGGAGCUGGCAGGAGUGGGCACGGCAGGCUGCGACGUGACCGUGAGCUUGGACAGUAAAGCUUCCCAGCGUCUGUCCUCGUCGUCGCCCACCUGUAUGUCCAUGCCCAACGCUGUGUCAGGCGUGUCCUCAGGUGCUGGCUCACCCCAGGAGACCGGAAAAGGCUCGCCCUCUCCGUGCUGCAUCCACACCUCACUGGCCACGCCUCGGUCGCGGACUCGUAAGAGAGGAGGAGGGGCCAGCAGCAGCGGUGACCCGGGGGUAAUCUCCCCUGAUGACGACAGCCCGUGUCCUCAGGCUUCAUCGUCAUGCUCAUCUCGCUGUGUGUACUGCCGCUCUGUUUUCAGCGCUUCGGAGAACGGGCGGGGCCGCUGCAGAGAUGCCCCAGACCCGGCCCUGCACUGCCUGCGCCAGUGGACCUGUGUGUGGUGUGCAGAGAGUCUGCUAUACCACUGCAUGUCGGACUCUGAGGGAGAGUUCUGGGAGCCUUGCUCGUGUGAUGACUCGAUGGGGGGUCACCCGCAUCCCCUUUGCUGUGCCCGCUGGUUGGCCCUCCUGGCCCUGUCGCUCUUCGUGCCCUGCAUGUGCUGCUACCUGCCUUUGCGCGCCUGCCUGCGGUGUGGGGAGAGGUGUGGCUGCUGUGGGGGAAAGCACAAGGCGGUCCGAUGA